CGUGUGCGGGUAUGUGGAGGGGCAGGGAUUGCAGACGUAAAGGAAGCUGAGGGGAAUCUGUCAGUGAACAACAUUCCGUCAGUUGUGAGUAAGGCACGUAAUGUGGUGGUAUUCCGAUUUUAGGUGAAAGAACCCAAAUAAAUAUGGAUAAAUUGAGGUUAUACAUGGUAACAUGGAAUGUGGCCACCCGACAACCAGAAGAAGAUGUGGAAGAGAUGUUGGGAAUCGAUAAAAUGACUGAUGACUUGUUGCCAGAUUUGUAUGCUAUAGGUCUUCAAGAAGUUAAGUCGCAGCCUCAGAACAUUCUGAUGGAUGCCAUAUUUGAUGAUCCCUGGACCAAUGUUUUCAAAGAUGUAUUAACAAAACGUGACUACAUAAAGGUGAAGACCAUAAGACUCCAAGGAAUUCUUCUAAGUUUGUUUUGCCUUAGAAAACAUUUGCUGCAUGUGAGAGAUAUGGAGACACAGUACACAAAAACUGGUUUAGGAGGUAUCUGGGGCAACAAAGGAGCUGUUAGCAUCAGAUUAAAUAUAUAUGGCUGUUCCUUGUGCAUAGUGAACUGUCAUUUAACUCCGCAUGACCCCUACCUGCAAGAAAGGGUUGCUGACUAUAACACAAUAAUUAGGAAACAGGUCUUCAAAAAGAGAGAGACAAGUCACAUACUUUAUCAUGAUUAUGUAUUUUGGAUUGGUGACUUGAAUUUUCGCUUAGAAGAAAAUCCAGCUUUGACAGCAGAGAAAAUUGACUCACUUGUGAGGAAAGGUGAUCUCAAAACCCUUUUACAGAAAGAUCAACUCCAUCAAGUAAUGAACAGUGGGGAUGCUUUCAGUGAGUUGACAGAAACAUUGCCAACAUUCCCUCCCACAUACAAAUUUCAGUUUUACUCUUCAGACUAUGAUUUGAAGAGACGACCAUCUUGGACAGACAGAAUUUUGUAUAAUGUGAAUGAAAAUGCUUAUGAAAACAUGACACUUGAAGUGGAACAGCUCUCCUAUAAUAGCUUUCCACAAUAUAUUCAGAGUGAUCACAAGCCUGUUAUGGCAGAUUUUGUUGUAAAGGUCUUCAGCGAUCAUGAAGAUAGCUUUGUGACAUUUGAAGAAAUUGGUGUCUGGUGUACGUCACGUGAUAAUUCUGCUACGUACUUAGUUCCUUCUGGUGUAGAACCAGCAUUUUGGGACUGGAUUGGAGUGUAUAAGGAUGGUUUUACAAGCCUCGAUGACUACAUCUGUUACUCAUAUGCUCCUAGAAUGACUGUAGCUGUGAGAUCUGACGAUGGUUCCCAGGUGAAGAAAAUAACAUUCCCAGUCUGCACUUUAAGGACAACAGGUCUUCAUCGUCUUGUAUAUUUUGGAAGUAAUUCAGGAAGUAUUCUAGGAAUGAGCCAAGUGUUUGAAAUCAAGAGUACUGAUUCAAGCCACUUGCAUAAUGGAUUUGAUAAUGAUGAGACCUGAAUGUGUUGUUUGUAGUAUAAAAUGCGUUAUUUAUUUGUCUGUCAGCUAUGAACUUAAGUUUUGACAGUACAUGCAAUGGCUGGAGUCGUUGCUGGUCGUUCGUAUUGAAUGUACAGUGUGUGAGAGCUUUAAAUAGUUACUCUCUUUGUGAUGCAAUAUUUUUGUGUAAAAAAAAAUGCUAUUUCAUCUGUUGAAGCACAUUGGAGGCUGAUACAGAAUGCUAUUUUAUACUUCAGCUUAAAUGAAGCUUCUUAUAUUGAUAGUUCCGUUAACACAGUGGGUUUGUGUUUGUAGUGUUUAAAACUCACUUGAAUUGGAUAGCACCUGUUUUGGCAUAUUAGCCAUGGCUCCUAGUAACUGAUAAUGCAGUGUUGUUGCUUACAAAAUCUUACAAUACACUGUUAGGUUUCAAAUUAUUGCUCAUUGUUCUAAGAUACAAAAGAUAAACUUUCGAUAUGUACUUACAGUAUGUAAAAUAAUUAGUUAUUUUCAUGCGUGUUUGGCUGUUUCUGCUGGCCAUCUUAAAACAAUUAACCUAAAUAGGAAAUUUAAAUGUCUUGAGACAUUGGCAGUCCAUAAUCGUUCCUAUAGUAAGCUAACACAUAUUGCCAGUACUUUACGUAUUUUUUUUGGAACAGUACAUAUCACUAUUUUAACCUUUUUGUGGCAGUAUUUUGUGCAGAGCCUCUAGAAGAAAGUGUUUGUGGUGGGAAAUUAAUUGUAUGUGAAACAGAUGUGGUGCAUUUACUUUAUAUUUUGUAUAGUCUAAUUCUUAAAACAAAGUAUAAGUGUUAACAUGUACUUUCAGUAUUUUGAUAUCACACUAUCUGAAUUUGCUGUUAGUCAUUCCUAUGCAUUCAACAUAAGCUUCCAUGUAAUCACAAUAGAUAAUAUGUUGUUGAUUUAAGAAAUUAUACGGUACAGUACCUGAUUUCUUUAACUGAAAGAAAGAUUUUAUUUUGGGGUGUAAAUUAUAUCACUGCUUUUUGCAAGGAUCACAAAUGUAAGCAUCAUUCAUUACUUUCCCAGUGUUCAUUGCAGGUCCUUUGGUCUCCCUUAGUUUCAGAACUGUAGGGGUAGUCCUUGCACACCAGUUAAUUCUUAAUUCAAAUUUUGUGAUACUGUAAACUCUGUGUGUUGGAUUAUACUUCUGAUUAUCAUUAAAAGUCCAAAAAAGAGUUUUGUUCAGUCUGUUUUCUUUUUUAUAGUGAAAAAAUUUAUAGUUUGCAGCUUUUGUCAUGUCAUAAGCCUGUGGUUUAUUUAUGUUUUUAUUUUUUCCAUCUCCUUGGAAAGUGCAGUAAUUUGUUACAGUAUAAAUAUAGAGUUAUUCUUAUGGACAUUAUCAGUGUAAAGAAAGACAGAGGAGAAUAUGUUAUGGAGGAUUUGCCAGUCUUUCAUAAGCAGCUUUAACAGAGCUCCAAAGAGAUGUUUUUAUUAAAGAAAUAUGUUGUUGGUUUUUCUUUUCUUUUACUCUGUAACUUUGGUGAUAUUUGUCACUUUUUCCUGUACGAAUUGCAUUUAAUUAUAUGUCUUUAAAGUGAUUAAGCAUGUAUGCAAAUGUUUCAUGUGGAAUCUGCUUAAAGUUCCUUUACAGCAAUGACAAGUACAGUUCUUUAGAGCGAUUUACCUACCAGCUUUACUAUAAAUUUUAAUCUGAUAUGUAUUUGUCAGAAACAGUUGCCAACAUUGAAUUAGCAUAGAUAUUAAACAUAAGAAUGUGACAUUAGUUACCAGUACAUCUUUCCCAUUCCCUGUAGAUUUCUUGUUUGCUUCAGAUUUUUUUUAAAAUUGAUAGAUUUGCAGCAGAUAACUAGACACUAACAGAUGUGCCGCCUCCUGUUCAAGGAGACCUGUAAGCAUAAUGGAUAUUCCGGUAUUGAAACAUUAAACUAAGUAUAAGGAUAGAUAGCUAUUUGCCUGCAGUUAAAUGAUUGUGGCACAUAUGCUUUUGUGAAAGGACAGAAAAUCAUACAACCUUUAAAGUCUGAGCUCUUUUCUUUGUAUUAGGUAAAGCUAAUACAAUUUUCAGAGUCUUCAAGUGUACCUAUGCCUUCACAUAUUUGCUGGUGAGUGUUACCUAUUUUAUUUUUAAUCCUUUUUAUCCUCAUUUUUUAUUUUUUGGCUGAGUUAAUAAAGUUGGUUUAGUAGCAUUUUACGGCACAAUUGUUGACUUAUUCAAUAACAGUUACAGUUAAUUAUCAGAAAGAGUAAGGUAGUGUUUGUACGUAUAUGUUGGUUUCAGUAAGGUAAAGAUGUGAAUUUUAGGCAUUUUGUGAUCGUGUUUUGUCUGUGUGUGUAAAGUUAUUUCAUCAUUUGUUAUCUGUAAUACAUGAGUAUUGUGAUGAAGAAAAUUAUAUGAAUCCUGAAAGAUUGUUCUUAAUUUUUGGAAGCUAUUGUGCUUACAGGUCUUAAGUUGCGUUUUGGAAUAACCCAGAACCAACUAAUGGCUGUACUUUUCUCAUAACUAUGGGUUUUUAUUCUUUCAGUUUAAUUAAGCACAAAGUCUGAGAGGAAUAAUAUAAAGAAGGCAACCUCUGUUUUUUAAAACUGUUUCAUUGCAUGUGAUAGAGAUGCUUCCGCAUUACUAAUGCUUAAUAUCAUUUCAACUGCUUGUGACAACUUCGUUCAUUUUCUAGUUAGACACUUUAAGGUCUUUUAGCCUCCUUUUAAUUAUGUUAAAUGGACAACACUAAUUAUGUUAUAUUUAAUUGUGCAAUUGUUGUUCAUUGUGAUAAGAUCUCAUUAAAUUGCUUUUUGUGUUCUGCAUAAUCUUUCUAAUAUGCUAUAAACAUUUUCUUAAUGGAAUAUGCUUGUCAUUGUUGGUAAAGAAGUUCCAGUUGGUAAGCAUUGCAGGUCAAUGCUAUAGGAAAUAUUUUGUAAUGUACAAAUCGUUUUAACGACUGUAAAACUGUUACUUCUUAGUGGCUUCCAUUAAAGAUCACUGCUUUUUGUUUGUUCAAUAGACUUCAUUAGCUAUGAGUUAUGUAGGUAUCUGUAUUAUUAUUUCAGAAAACAAAUAACUUUGUUUAGCUUUCUCACAAUGUUUUGUUUAAAUUUUGUAAAUAGGUAUAGGUUUUCAUACUUUUCAUAUGUGAAUGGAAAAUUAUGGACGCAUAUAAAAGUGCUAGGAGGAAAAGCAAUAAAUAACAAUAUAAAAAAUUGAUCCCUAUAGUGGACAUGACCAUUAACAAAGUGGUUGGUUGAUGUAGCUCAUCUGUUUAAGUUAGGUUUACAAGAACCCAACUUACUCUCCCUCCCCCCUCCUGCUCCUCACUUCCCCUACCAACAUCAGUGCAGUUACAUAGUUACAGAUCUUUAUUUCUCAUCCUCCCCCCCCCCCUCCUCC